CCUGGCCCUGGAGAGAAGAAAGUGGAUCCUGAGCAGUUCCUAAAGCCACCGGACGUAACUGCUGUUAGCAGGAAGAACCUUAGUCCCUGUGAGACCGCCGGAGCGGCUAUGAGGAAAAGAUCCCACGGAAGUCCUACCCUCAGGAAAAGCCCCCUCGGACCUAGUCCCAAGAGGCUGUCUCCCUGGAGAAGCAGUCCCAGGAAAGACCAUACGCUGAGUUCUUUUAACUUGUCCCCGAGACCGCUCGUCGCCACUCCUGAAGCCAAGCGUCGCUCUUGGUGUCGCUCGAGCCUGAAGGGGACAAAACGCCGAAAGUCUCUGCCUCCUGUUCACCAAGAUGUCACUGAAUUAAGCAAAUCAAUUAGCCUGGAUCUGCCGGAGAUAGACCGGCUUUCUGUGCUGCUGUUGUCCAGUUUCCAGUUUUCUGCACAGAAGCUCGAACACGUCUUGAAGCAAACUGACGGCUUUAGCCCUGAGGCUUUCAAAGCUAACGUGCACUCGGUUUCAGAAGACCUGAAGCGGUACGUGCAGAAGUUGAAACGAGACGGGACACUGAAGAGCUGCGUAGAAGACCCUAAAGGGAUUUUACCGGACUCGGCUUUGGAUGAGUCAGUGGCCCAAGUGAAGGAGUACAUCGCCAGGUUCGCUGCCGAAUGUCGCUCCUGGGAUCAGCUCUUGCUGCGCUACCAGGAAAGGGCCGAGGGAACGUCCAGGCAGCUGGAGGAGUGCGAGAGGAAGGGAGGGCAGGCGGAGCCUCCCAAUUACCUCCGGACGUCUCAGGCCGAAGUCCUCGGCAGCAAACCCGACUACCAGAAGAUCCUGGAUGACCAGGGGGAGGUCUUGAGCUGCAUGGAGCUUGUGCUCGACGAACUACAGCAAGCGGUGAAGCUGCUGCAGGCCUUCAGCGAGGACAGCCGGCAGUACCUCCGGUGCCUGUCGCAGCAGCUCGGUAAACGGGAGGCCCUGGGGGGCUGGGGGGGGGUGGAAAUGGGUAGUUUUGCCAUCUGGUGUAAAAAAGGGCCGGUUUUGAAAUCCAGCCCCCAGCCCGUCCCCAAACCGCGGACGAUCAGCGCGGGCCUGAGGCAGCUCUCGCUCCAGCCCUCCGCCUCAGACCAGAAGUCACCCGGGGCUCGAGGCAGCGUCAAACGCGCUUCUCAGCACGAAUCUCUGUACGACGCCUCCAACAUCUACGGCCUCUCGGCCAUGGAUGGCGUGCCUUUCACACUACACCCCAAAUUCGAAAGCAAGCUCAGUUCUGGCAGUAACGCUAUCCUUGCAGACCUGAACGUUAAGUCGCUUGCCGAUAUCGAGAAAGAGUACAAUUAUGCUUUUGUCGUCGAAAGGACGGCCGCUGCCAGGCUCCCGCCCAGCGUCUGUUAGCACCGGAGUCUACCUCGAGGACGUAAACCGCAGCCGGACACCCAGCUGGGCUGAGCCCCUCCUCUCUCUCUCUCUCUCUCAGAUUAAAGUUCAGGCUACCUGAAGAAAUGCAAUCGAUACCCGAUUACGGGAAUUGCUUAGGGAGAAAAAAAAUAAACGUGUUUCUCUUC